AUGUCAUCACUUGAUGAGGAUCAACCCAACACUAAGCGUAAUUAUACCAAUGACCCAUUGGAGGUGCCACUUGGACUAAUUACAGAGCUAGGGCGUUCUAUCCAGUUUUACGGCAACCGUUAUAAUUCUCAAUCUGACCGAUUUCAUAAUUGGACACUGAACGCAUUUCAUAUGACGGGAGUUGCCGGUGUAUUGGGCGUUGCUCUGUUAUGUGCUAUUCAUGGUGCUACUGUAGAAAAUACUUUAUUUGAAGAUGAUGAUGGUGCAAAUACAUUAUGUGCUUUUAACCCAACUCAAGCUGAAGAAACUUAUUCCAUGGUCACUGCAAACCACUUUUGUUUAUGGAUGAGUGCUCUUGGAGUAGUUGGUCUGGCUCUGAACCUACGUGCCUAUGACUUCGUUUCUCAGGAAAUCCGUGCAGCGGAAGAUCCUGAAUUUGAGACUUUCUAUACCAAAAAUAUUCUUUUAAAUGAAGGCAUUCAUGCUUGGAUGGUGGCUCAAGAUGAGCCUCAUGAAAACCUUAUAUUGCCUAAGGAGGUUCUACCCCGUGGAAACGCUCUUUAA